AUGCUCAUUUGUCACCUGUUGAUACUCCUCAUCCCCGCACUCGCCUACGCCAGCACCUAUGCACCAUCACGACGUGUCCUUGCGCAAUUGUUCUCCGAUGUCACUUCGAUAUGCUACUCUACCUCCUGUCUGCUAGUCUCACUGUUCUUGGGUGGCCAAUCUAGAGCAGACCACAGUCUCGUGAUCAAACACGUCAAUCUAUUCUCACUUUCAAUCGAAGGCUUUCGCGCCUCCUUUCCCUCUCUCGAAUCACCAUAUGCUAAACACACCCACGCUUACCUCGUCGGCACCUCGAUCUCCUUCGUCUCCCUCUCCCUCAAACUCCGCCGUCCAUCUCGCUCAAUGCCAACCUUCACAACCCUAAUCCUUUCCAAAUCCCGCCUCCAAACCACCCUCUGCGUCACAUCCGUCAAAUCCCUAACCGUCAACCUCCUUUUCUUUCCCGCCUACUUCUGCUUCUCCGCCGGGCCCUUCAUCGACGCCACACUCGACACCCUCAAGCUUCGAGUAUUUUCGAGCUCGAGGACGCCUUAUCAGGUGAAAAGGCUGAGGGAGGCUUGUAUUGGGAGCGCGUUAUGGGGUGAGAUAUUGAGGGUUGCCGAUUUCAAGACGAGUGUGGAGUUUGAGCCAGAGUACGUUACGAGGGAUCCGGCGGAGCCGAUCAAGCAUAUGUUGGGGGAGGGAAUCGAUAGUUCGAUCUCGGUGGAACAUGAUCCGGACGAGGCAUUCGAGUUUCCCUCUGCCGCUGCUAGGUCUUUCGCCACGCACUCAAAGGCUUUGUCGAAUGGGGAUGGGAAUGAGCACGGGGCUGAGCUCCCGGAGAGAGAUGAUGUACUUGUGCAUGGUGAGAUCCAUGGAAUGAUGGUGCACGACGGGAAAGGGAGGAUGUACGCGUUUGGAGAUAUCUGUGCGGCGUUGAGGAGGACGUAUGGGAGUGCGAUUGCGGAGUGCGACAGGGGAAGUUUCGAUAUGGAGGCGCAUGGGUGUACGUGGGUUAGGAUUCCGGCGUAUGUGCUUGGAGAGAGCAGGUUUGAUGAGCAGCCAUUCUGGAGAUAUCUCCUCUCACUGUGGAAAGAGAUCCCAACAUUCGUACAUAACGUCUUCAACGACCCAUUGCUUUAUGUGAAUCUCCAUGUCCCCAAGGCGGAUAUUCAGUUUGACGAUUUUAGGGUUCGGGAUGCGGAAUUGGUUUCACAGAUAUUCGAACGUGGGGUCGGUCCAUGGCUCGCUAAUGAGCUCGGAGUGGAGGGUAUGCCGACGCGGGGCACGGAGAGUGGCCAGGAUAGACGAUGA